AUGUUCCCGAGGGCGCCGUGGCGCCGGCCCGGGCAAGCGCCACGGCCGCCGCAGCAGCAGCAGCAGCAGCAGCAGCAGCAGCAGCAGCAGCAGCAGCAGCAGCAGCAGCAGCAGCAGCAGCAGCAGCAGCAGCAGCAGCAGCAGCAGCAGCAACAACAGCAGCAGGAGCAGCAGCCGCAGCAGCAGCAUCAGCAUCAGCAGCGGCAGCAGCAGCAGCAGCAGCGGCAGCCGCUGGCGGCUGCCCCGGCUGAGGACCUCGAGGCCCUUUACACCUCUUCCGCCUUUUUUUAUACAUGUGAAGUUACACGAACGAUUGACGACACCCGCGUAGAUGCGGCUGCCUAA